AUGAGCAACGAAGGCAACAGCCGCACGAGACCUCCCACCAACAUGCCCCCGAAACAAGACGAUCGAAAGACUCCCCUACUAGGCAGCGAUGACCUGGUACCUUUCGACCAUGUCGCUGCGGGACACGAAGGUGUCCGCCGGACCCUCUCGGGGUCGUUGAUCGUCAAACCCUGCACAAAACAAGAAGUCGAGUUCUACGAGUCCAGCGCCCUCCAUCCUGAAUUCCGCGAAUUCAUGCCCCUGUUCGUCGGUUCGCUCUCUUCAGCUGAGCAGCAACAACCAUUCGCGAUCGCCGCGGCGCAGCAGUCCGGCGCUGUAUUCCUACCUGCACUUGGAAACCCUCCGACGGAUCCCGCUUGUCCGGCUGAAUCUGCGACACCCGCGCUGCCUGCUAUCGCUGCUUCGGCGGCUGCCGUGCCACUUGAAGGGGUGAAAGGUGCUGGAGUUUCGACUGAAAAACCUUGGGUUCCAUCAGAGGGGAAAAAAUUGGAGACCGGUCUGUCGAUUGUGUUGGAAAAUGUGGCAUGUGGAUUUCGACGACCGAAUGUGUUGGACGUUAAGCUUGGAGAGAGGUUAUGGGCUGACGAUGCACCGCCUGCGAAGCGGUCGAAGCUGGAUGCGGUGUCGAAAGAGACUACGAGCUCGAGUUUGGGAUUCCGUAUUGCGGGGAUGAAGGUCUGGACGGGCCAAGAUGGGGAGUUAGACGAAGGCGCUCGGACCAACCCGUACGCUACUAAGUAUGAGGGUGCUGAGGGGGAGAAAGGAGAGGUUAUCGAGACGAAUGGGUAUCGACGCUAUGACAAGUGGUAUGGCCGAUCCUUCAACGAAGGGAAUGUUAAGGAAGGAUUUGAAACCUUCCUGGCUGGUGCUAAAGCUGGCUCAGUGGACCGGUCGAAAAUGAUCGCGAGAAGAAUUGUGGAAGAAUUGAAAAACGUCCAGGAAGUUCUCGAGUCUGAAGAAAGUCGCAUGUAUUCGUCCAGUGUGUUGGUGGUCUACGAGGCAGAUCCCGAGGCGAUGGAAGUUGCUUUGGAGGAGGAGAAAAGACUCUCUGAGCAGCCUCGGGACCAGGAAGAGGAAGAAGAGGAUGACGAAGAGGUCGAUUUCGAAAUCUCCGAAGAAGCAUUUGAACUGGUUGAUGUGCGACUUGGCGACGGAAUGCCUCAAAAAGCAAUCAAUAUCAGCAUCGAUCCUCAAACGGCCCAAAUGCCGGAAAUAGAUCUAGAUGAUGAUGAGGACGAUGAAGACACACCGAAGGUCCAUGAUCUGCGGGUGAUUGACUUCGCACAUGCGAAAUGGACACCCGGUGAAGGUCCCGAUGAGAAUAUGCUCAAGGGGCUUCGCAGCUUGAUCAAGAUCAUGGAGGAACUUGCCGAGUGA